AUGGGUGGACCAACUGUCUCUUUUGAGAAUGAUACACUAUGGCGAACUUGGAUUCCUGAUCAGAGUUACUUGGUGCAAGUGAAUCUUGCUGAUAAUGUAUCAAAUAUCGCAAGUGUUAAGUAUCCUGCGGGUGGUGCGACGAUAGAUAUUGCUCCACCUAGUGUCUAUGGUACUGCUGCAAAGAUGAGAUCAGAAAAUGAUCCGACUAGCAACUUCAAUGUGACAUGGGAAUUCACUGUGGAUCCAGGAUUCCAGUACCUUGUGCGGUUUCAUUUUUGUGAUAUAGUGAGCAAAUCUCCUAACCAGCUCUACUUCAAUGUUUAUAUAAAUUCAUGGAAUGUUGUUCCUAAUCUUGAUCUGAGUACUAGAACCCUUGGCAUUUUGGCCACUGCAUAUUAUAUGGAUUUUGUUAUGGCAUCAGCUGAUAGUAGUAAGCUUCGGGUGAGUAUUGGUCCAUCUCCAGUUAAUAAUGCUUACCCUAACGCCAUUCUAAAUGGACUGGAGAUUAUGAAGAUGAACAACUCUGCAGGAAGCCUCAGUAAGGUGGCCUCUGUACCAUCUUCCUCAAGGCCAGGCUCAAAGAAGAAUGUGGGAGUGAUUGCGGGUGUGAGCAUAGGGGCAUCAGUUGCUGUGGUGAUGGCUGUCAUUCUAUUUUUCUUGCAUAGAAGAAGAAAAAUGGAACGUCUACGCCAGUCCAAAACGUGGAUUCCUUUAUCCAUUAAUGGAGGAACUUCCCACACUAUGGGAAGUAAGUACUCCAAUGGAACAACCGUUAGUGCUGGCUCUAACUUGAGCUACCGCUGUCCUUUUGCAGCAGUUCAAGAGGCAACAAACAACUUUGAUGAGAGUUGGGUUAUUGGAAUUGGUGGUUUUGGGAAGGUUUACAAGGGAGUUUUAAAUGAUGGCACAAAAGUGGCUGUUAAGAGGGGUAAUCCCAGAUCCCAACAAGGUCUGGCAGAGUUCCGAACUGAAAUUGAGAUGCUGUCUCAGUUCCGCCACCGCCAUUUGGUUUCAUUGAUUGGGUAUUGUGACGAAAAAAAUGAGAUGAUUUUGAUUUAUGAAUAUAUGGAGAAUGGGACCCUCAAGGGUCAUCUUUAUGGCUUAGGUCUUGCCAGCUUGAGUUGGAAGGAGAGGCUUGAGAUAUGCAUCGGAGCAGCCAGAGGGCUUCACUACCUUCACACCGGCUAUGCAAAAGCAGUUAUUCAUCGUGAUGUGAAGUCAGCAAACAUAUUGCUGGAUGAGAAUCUUAUGGCCAAAGUUGCCGAUUUUGGACUCUCAAAGACAGGCCCUGAAAUUGAUCAAACCCACGUGAGUACUGCGGUGAAAGGGAGCUUUGGGUACCUUGAUCCUGAAUAUUUCAGAAGGCAACAGCUGACAGAGAAAUCAGAUGUGUACUCAUUUGGGGUGGUUCUGUUUGAAGUUCUUUGUGCCAGGCCUGUGAUAGAUCCAUCUCUUCCAAGGGAGAUGGUGAACUUAGCUGAAUGGGCAAUGAAGUGGCAGAAGAAGGGGCAGCUGGAGCAAAUCAUUGACGCUAAUCUUGCCGGAAAAAUAAGACCGGAUUCUCUUCGGAAGUUUGGAGAAACAGCAGAGAAAUGUUUGGCUGACUUUGGUGUUGACCGACCAUCUGUGGGAGAUGUCUUGUGGAAUCUUGAGUAUGCACUUCAACUUCAAGAAGCAGUUCUUCACAAUGAUCCUGACGAAAACAGUACUAAUGUCAUUGGUGACCUCUCUCCACUAGUCAAUGAUUACAACCAUGUUGAUGUUGUUUCAGAUGCUCAGUUCGAAAUGUCAAGUGCGGAUGAUCUUUCGGGGGUUUCAAUGAGCAGGGUGUUCUCACAGCUGGUGAAGUCUGAGGGUAGAUGAUUGAAUGAAGCUCGUAUAAAAAGAUGUGUUUAGCUCCUCCUCUUUGCUUAAUACCUUUUUGGUUCUUCAACGGUCCAACCUCUACUCAUGCCAUCAUGCAUGGUACCUAAAAGAUAUUCCCUUCAUUUUGCUGGAAAUAAAAGAAGCAGACUACUAGAGUUAAAGGUCACCUUGCUUUAGGCAAAGUAUUGGAAGUGCCUUUGAAUACUAUGAAGUGGCUUGCUCAUUGGAGGAACUGAAGAGGUCACUUUCGCCUAUGUCGUGAGCAUUGAUCGUUGAAGAGGAUUGUGUGGUUGUUUUCUGCACUUAUCAUGGGGCAUUGUGAGUUCUCUUUUGUACAAAAGAGUGAGUGGCUGUUGCAUUCCUUUUUUCUUUGUCUUUUUGCAUGAUUAAUUACUAUGUAGGAUUGUAUCGUGUGUGGCUCUUGAACAAUUCUUAAGGUUACUGUAAUCUUGUUCUCAACUUGUUGGACAGAUGGUUCCACUAUCCUUCCCUGGCUACCAUGUCUAUUAUUGUGAUCUUUCUUGGUACAUCUAAAGUCAGCUAUAGCGUGGUUGUCACUAUAUUGGUGUCCUUUGUUUUUUCUCCUAGAAUCUUUGGAAUGGUUGGGUAUGCCUAGCCUCCAUUGUAGGGAACCUAACCCAUUGGAGCAGACGAAAUGGGUG